AUGCGAGAGCAAUUUGUAGCUCUGUCAGAACGUGUAACGAAAAUAGAAUCCCAACGCGUUCAAGACGUUCAACAACCACUCGCAGUUCCUCAUCCUGUCGAGGAAAGCACUGUCGAAGAAGACGAUCGCCUGUCGAUUACAGCAACACAUGCAGAAGAGAACGAUAUUUUGAGCAGCAACACAGACGGUUCUGAUGAGACCUCAUUAGCUGGCUUUGUGCCACCAUUAGAUGACUUUAUGCCGUCACCGGUAGUCGACGUACAGUCGAAAAGUACUCAUGGAAAUCUCCUGGAUAAUGUCGAUGCAAAGAACGUAGACACUCUGGCGAAACUCCGACUAGUGUCAAAUCAACAACGGGAUUUUUCGAUCCCGAACAAACAACAGCACGUCGCUGGGUUCCCUCAGCUGCCUUUGGUACAUUUCUCGAGCAAAACUUUCGACGGCGGCUCAAUACAGAGCAAGUAAAUGAGAUUAUUGGGGAAUAUUCUCCCCCAGAAACGGAUGCUUGUGUAGCUCCCUUGCUAGAUAAAAGUAUUUUAACCUAUAUCCCAUCUAGCCGAAAGAAAUUUAUCGAACAACGGGACAAAGAUUUAGCUCUCAUUCAACGAGCUACUUUAAAUGCCGCGGCACCUUUGUGUUGUUUACACGAUCGUCUUGAAUCGAACGAAAAUAUUUCAAACGAAGAUUUACGAACAACUUUACAGCAAUCGCUCUGCUUGCUGGGUUCAGCAAACCAUAUCAUUACGACCCUCCGUCGUAAGAAAAUUUUGGCAGCUAUAAAUCCAGAUAAAGUUCAACUAGCCGAACAAGAAUUCCCAAAGGCGGGAAAAAUGCUUUUUGGCGAGGAUUUAACCACUCUGGCGGCUAAACAUUCCGAGCUUACUCGGAACCUUAGUAAAAAUUUGCAAAAACCUGGUUAUAGCAAAAUGCAGUCUAAUACAUCGGAAAAUUUUCCUCGUACCAAGUACAAUACACAACAAGCUCGGGGCAAAUCUAAUCGGCCCUUUUUCGCGCAAUUCCGCACCAAACAAUCAACAACGCUUCCCGCCGGAAGCCAACCAAGUGCAAAGUUUUCGCCCAAGGCGGAACCAGCCAGACAGGCCCUGGUUCCGCCAAUAAUAAACUGA